GAUGCCGGUUUUUUUUUUUUUACCGGAAGAGAAGAAAAUGGCUGCAGCUGCGAGGAACGGAAAGAGCGGACUUCUGGAAAAAUGGAGGAUCGAUGAGAAGCCGGUGAAGAUCGACAAAUGGGACGGAGCGGCCAUGAAAAACUCUCUGGACGACGCCGCCAAGAAGGUGCUGCUGGAGAAGUUCUGUUACUUGGAGCACUUUGGUCUGGUGGACGGCCGGCUGCUCGUCUGCACCGUCUCGUGUCUCUUCGCUGUCCUGGCCUUAGUGUGGGAUUUCCUGCAUCCUUUCCCCGAGUCCAGACCCGUCCUCGCCUGCUGCGUCAUCUCGUACUUCAUCAUGAUGGCGGUGCUGACGCUGUACACGUCGUACCGGGAGAAGAACAUCUUCCUGGUGGCUCAGCAGAAAGACCCGGCUGGCAUGGACCCGGAUCACAGCUGGACGCUCUGCUCCUCCCUCAAACGGUUUGACGACCAGUACUCGCUCAGAGUUUCUUUCACUGACGGGAAAACCAAGAAGACUCGCGACGCCGAGUUCACCGAGUCCGUGUCGGCGUUUUUCGACGAAGAAGGGACGCUCGACAUGGACCCGUUCGAGAAAAGUGUUUCCAAGCUUCACGACGCUCUGGGCGCCGACAAGAAGAGCAAGUAAUACUCCAGAUAAUACUUCAGAUAAUACUCCAACAAGUACUCGGUGGUUUCUGAGGCUUCAGGAGAUCAUCGGUGUUUCGUCCCGAGUUUAAACGUUUUUUUCAAACAGGAAACACUUAUUUUUCGGCUAUUAAGACUAAAUAUUCGUGUUGCGUUCAAAGACGUCCUCUGUGCAGUUUGUGAGGGACAUUUCUGUGACGCUUCAUAAACCAAAUGAUUGUCAAUGAUUUAACAAAAUAAAGUGCAGUUUGCAGCCUGAGAUCAUCAACAGCUGGUCGUCAGUAUUUCAUCCCAUAAUAACAUUUCAGCUCCACACUUCCUGUUUACAAGACCAAAAGAAAACAACAACAACAGAGCAGUCUGAAUAAGACAACAGGAAGUGGUGCGAAUGUCGACCAAAUUGAAAUUUUGAAUGUUUAUUUUGUAUUAUUUCCUAUUUCUCUGUAACGUCUGAAACAAGCGUGUGAACUCAUUAAAGAUGGAGAAUGUUACCGACA